AUGAGCCACCUCUUCAGUCCCCAGCUGCCUACUCUGGCCGCCUCGCCCAUGCUGUAUCUGUACGGUCCCGAGAGACCCGGGCUGCCUCUGGCCUUCGCCCCCGCGGCCGCCCUGGCCGCCUCGGGCCGGGCGGAGCCCCCCCAGAAGCCGCCCUACAGCUACAUCGCGCUCAUAGCCAUGGCGAUCCAGGACGCUCCGGAGCAGAGGGUCACGCUCAACGGCAUCUACCAGUUCAUCAUGGACCGCUUCCCCUUCUAUCACGACAACCGGCAGGGCUGGCAGAACAGCAUCCGCCACAACCUCUCGCUCAACGACUGCUUCGUCAAGGUGCCCCGCGAGAAAGGGAGGCCAGGCAAGGGCAGCUACUGGACGCUGGACCCUCGCUGCCUGGAUAUGUUCGAGAACGGCAACUACCGGCGCCGAAAGAGGAAGCCCAAGCCGGGCCCCGGGGCCCUGGAGGCCAAGCGGUCCCGCGUUGAGACGCAGGAGCGCGGCGCAGAGGCGCAGCCCGAGGUGGGGAACGGGGCAGGGCGCCCCGGCCCCCCGGACCCCCGCCACGAGGGAGAGCCCGUGCGCCCCUCGCCCCUCAGGGAAGGCUCCUCUCCACCGGCGCCCCUCCACUGGCCCGGGCCGGCGUCCCCAGAGGAGGACGCGGGCGACGCUGUCCAGGGCGCAGCAGCCGUGGCCGUCGGCCAGACAGCGCGCACGGUGAACGGCCCGGGGUCCCCUCCGCACCCCGUCUCCCGCCGCUCUCCGAGUUGCUCCGACAAGUCCAAGAGCUUCAGCAUAGACAGCAUCCUGGCGAGACGGCAGGGCCAGAAGUCGGCUGGAAGGGGCGAGCUCCCGAGUGGCGCCAAGCAGGAGCCCGGCGGCUGUCUGGGCGCCUCGCUUCUGGCCGCCUCCUCCAGUCUUCAUCCGCCUUUCAAUGCUUCCCUGAUGCUCGACCCGCACGUCCAGGGCGGCUUUUACCAGCUCGGGAUCCCUUUCCUCUCCUAUUUCCCUCUGCAGCUCCCCGACACAGCGCUUCACUUCCAGUAAAGCCAACAGUGGCGCAGGUCUUUCCCCUGUGCUGGUCUGAGCUUGUGAGUGACCACGGUUCCCACCGCUGGGGGAAGGAGUCAUGUUUUUAAAAAAUGAUCUUUUCCUCUGCCGAUGUGUGGAUCCUGGGAAGAGUUACCAACUUCUGCGCGCAGGUGGGCACACUCGCUCGCCUGCCUCCUGGGAGGCAGACCUUCCCAGAACCAGGAGCGGCUUUAGAGAUUUAAAAGACCAUGCAAGCGCUGGGACUUGGGCAACUCAGACCUCCUAGAGUGCGAGCAGGAGAAUUCCUUGAUCUUAGGUCAGUCUUAUGGCGUGGUCUUCAGCUACCCACCACAGGUCCUGCAUGUCCGUGUCUGGGGCACUCGAAGGCCCAGACAGGCCCGGGGCAGGACAGUCGGACGCAGUGUGGUCUUUUCUGUCUGAGAGCCAGUGUCUGACUGUCGCCUGCCUGGUUGUGGUUGUGGCCCAGGCCUUGGCUUUGAGCCCAUUGGGGUGAUGGGUAUGCACAGCUGGGUUUGUCCCUGAAGUCCACCUGUGGGCACGCCAGGGGUGACCCCUGUUUUUCAGGUUUUUUAGCAGAUCUAGGGCCUGGUGAGGAUUUACGACCAUUGUCCAGUGGAAGCUGAGAAACCACACUUUUAUUUUAAUUAGAGAAUUUUUCUCUUUUUCUCUUUCUAGACAGUAAAAGGAACAUGCUAUAUUCUUUGGCUAAAUACUUGACUCUUUUUACUAUAACAAUUGCCCUGUGAAAACGCCUAUAUUAAUAACUUCUAUUAAGGAAGUGCACUCUAUAUAAUAUAGCAUUUUGUUGUGUUAUGAUAGUUCCUUAGCCAGUACACACGUUCUCCAACGCAUGUUACCAACAAUAGCAGUGUUCCUGUCUUUUUGCUUUUGUUUUUAAGGGAUCAAAAGAUUUCAGGGGACAUCGGAAGUGUGUGAGAGGGAGGGAAGAUGUCUCAGACAAUGUAUGAUUUUCAAUUUCCAUGUUUUUUCGAGAUCUAGAUUUGAUUGUUGCUACGUUUUCCAGAGUUGUGUAGUGAAGGACUACUUUUAAUUGAAAAAGUUGGGUGAAACAGACACAGGAAAAGCAGUUAGAGGGAGAGAUGGGUUAGUGCUGGCAAGAGGAAGGGCAUCAGCUGGUGCCUGCUGGAGGCCGCUCUCCGGACCUCAGAGAGCAUGAAGCUUGAUGAGAGCGUUCUUUCAGACAUUCCCAACCAACUGCAUCCCGGCCUGCCUGCCACUGGGCUCCUCUCUCCAAGCCCCACCAGCGCCUGCAGCCACAUCAUCACCUUGGGGAGGUGACUGGGUGUGUGGGGGAGGAGCGGGCAGGAGGGCGGCAGUCUGCAACCAAGAUCUGGUUAAGAAAAUAGAGAUUUUCACAGCCUAGUUCAGCUUGGACCUUUUGGGAAAUGCAUCUAACCUCUUAUGGUAUCUCUUUGGGUUGCCUUGGGGGUUCUGACCUUUAUUUCCUGAACCUCCACGUUACUUUAAUUUUAUCUGCUGUGGGAAAGGCACAAUGAGUCAUGAAGUCUUGGAGGUGGGCUGAGAUAAGUCUUCAAAAUAACUUCUUAAAUAGUUUCCAGGACUUAUAAGAAUGAACACCAACUUUACAUCCAGAGAGCCUGUUAAUAAGUUGGAAAAGACAUUUCAGACAAGCAUAAUAAUUUAAUAAUUAGUAAGCACAGAGUUGACUUUCUGAGCAUUCCUUCUUAAAGCCAUGUGCCACUGACCCGUACACGUCUCCCUGACCACAUUCUACCCAGGCUGGUGGGAAUGCUUGGUGAGCUGCAGAGUGUCCUCGAUUUUAAGAACUUUGAAGAGAUCCCAUUGUUGAGGUCCAGGCUCACUGUGAUUAACUUAAAAUGUGGUGGAAGUGCAGU